UCUCUCUCCCCCACCUGUUGCCCUUUCUGCUAUAUAACUUCAUUUUCUUCCCCAUACACUCCAAAAUUCUGUACCGUGUGCCGAACUGCCGACCACUAAUUCAUCAUAUAUACACAAAACAAUUCUCUGAUUUCCCAAAGGAACCAUAUUCUCAUCUUUUUCCAAGAAUCCCACCACCUCCACCAACGCCACUAUAAAACCUCACUACUAUAAACCACCUCAAAAACCCAACACACUCCAAACACAUAACUCAAAGAGAGUACUUCAGUCCAGAGUUGGGUAAUAUUUUCGUCUGGACGCAAAACCCGGUUCAGUUUUGCCUUCUUUUUGGAUCAUGAACACCCACAGAAUGAAAAAGAGCAGAGGUUUCAGGCUGCGAGUACACAAGCUGGUGAAGAUCUUCAAAUGGAUAGUCCGACCCAGAAGAGAGCCGGCCCGGUACAAGAGGCUGGAAUCCCCUACUGCCAGAACGUACAACCCCAUUUCCAAAUUCUUCACCUUGGCAAGGUCUCUUCGACGUGGAGCCAAGCAGCUGUGUUUUCCUAACUCGGGUUACAUGCGGGUCGGGCAGGCUCCGGAGGAAGGGAAACCGGUGGUUGUCCCAAAGGGGCACAUGGCGGUGUACGUGGGGGAGUCGGACGACGACACGCAGAGGUACUUGGUGCCUGUCAUAUACUUCAAUCACCCGCUGUUUGGGGAGCUGUUGAAGGAGGCCGAGAAGGUUUACGGGUUCAACCAUCCGGGUCGGAUCGUCAUACCUUGUGGGGCUUCGGAGUUUGAGAAGGUGCAGAUGAGGAUCGCUGCAGGGGACCAUUGUCAACGGCAGAGGAGGAAUAGUAACCGUCGCUAUUAGUGUGAGUUGAACCGCGGGUGAUGAUCAUUGGGGUAAAUUCCCAUAAUGGUCCAAAUUCAUGAUAGUGAUUUUGAUUUUUUCUUUUCCUUUUUCCCAUUUUUCUUGUAAGAAAUAGUCACAGAGAGGGGUUGUUUUCAACCUAUACCAACUAGAUGUAUAUUGUGAAUAUUAAAAUCAAUACACUUAUCUUUAGAAUA